AUGGCCGACUCCCAAAAGGAUGCGCCGUUCAAGACGGUUCAGGUUGAGUCGUUGGUUGUUAUGAAGAUAGUUAAGCACUGCUCAAACAGCUUCCCUACGACCGCUACGGGCUCCAUCGUUGGUAUGGACAAGGAUGGCGUCCUCGAAAUCACCAAUACUUUCCCGUUUCCUACGGUUGAUUUAGCGAACGUCGAAGGUGGCCACCAAAACGAUGCAUCUGCUCUUGCCGCUGCCGCACCGCGCGCCAAAGCCAACAUCAUUUACCAGAAUGAUAUGAUUCGUCAUCUCAAAGAGGUCAACGUUGACGCCAACAAUGUGGGCUGGUACACGAGUGCUACUAUGGGUAACUUCGUCACCUCUAGCUUCAUCGAGAAUCAGUACCACUAUCAACGCGAGAACGAAAAGACCGUGGCUCUCGUCCACGAUGUCAGCCGUAGUUCGCAGGGUGCGCUCAGCCUUCGUGCAUUCAAGUUAACCCCCAACUUCAUGGCCGCUUUCAAGGAAGGAAAAUUCACAACCGAAAGCCUGCAAAAGUCGAAACUAUCCUUCAAGGAUAUCCUCAUUGAAUACCCUAUCCACAUUCACAACUCGCAUCUCCUCACUUCCUACCUUCACCAGCUACCCGCCCCCGCCCCCGCUCCCGAAACUGAAGUGUCCCUGCCGACAUCUCUUUCCGAUCUGCAAGGCGACUCUGUUAAGCUGCCUCUUCACCCGUCGGCAGAUAAUCUCGACCUUUCCAUAGAUCCAUUCCUUGAGAAGACGUGCGAUCUUCUACUCGACAGCAUCGAGUCUCACUACACCGAGUUAAACAACCACCAGUACUACCAGAGGCAACUUGCUCGCGAGCAAGCCAAGAUCACGGCAUGGCAGACGAAGCGAAAGGCGGAGAAUGCGGCGCGUGUUGCGGCUAAGCAGCAGCCUCUUCCGGAAGAUGAGUGGCAGCGAAUCUUCAAGCUUCCUCAGGAGCCCAGCCGGUUGGAAGGCAUGUUAAAUGCCAAGCAGGUCGAGCAGUACAGCAAGCAAAUAGACGGGUUCACAGCCAAUGUCAGCGCCAAGAUGUUCGCUGUUAGGGGAAAUCUUCUUCCUGAGUAA